UUCCUCUUCCCUGUGGAAUGGAAUGGAAUGGAAACCGCAGAGCACGCGAGGAGAGAACAGGAGCCGUGUCGAUGCGAGCGACGUCCACCUCCUCUUCCUCCUCGGCCCUUCCUUCGCCUGCCUCCUCCUCCUCCUCCGCGUCCGCCCCAUUCACCGCCUCUGCUCUCCGUGGCCAUGGAGCAUGCCGCGCCCGCGGAGUCCCCUCCGCCGCCGCCCGCUGCCGAGAGAGACAUGGGCUUCGCCGAGCGCGCCGUAGCGGCGGCCGGCGCCGCCUUCAUGUCCGCCGUCCUCGUCAACCCCCUCGACGUCGCCAAGACGAGGUUGCAAGCGCAAGCUGCUGGAGUAGUUUAUAAUACGAUAUGGCCAGAUUUUAGGUGCUAUCCAUCAUGCAACCCAGGUGGUGUCAGUGCUUUAGGGCCAUCCUGUAGUCCUGAAUGCUUCCAGUACAGAGGAACAAUGGAUGUGUUUUCUAAGGUCACUAGACAGGAAGGAAUUUUUAGACUUUGGAGAGGUACUGGUGCAAGCCUAGCAUUGGCCAUGCCAACGGUUGGGAUAUAUCUGCCUUCUUAUGAUUUGUUGCGCAAUUGGAUUGAAGAAUAUUCAGAUCAUAAUUUUCCCAAACUUAGACCAUAUGCUCCUCUUAUUGCUGGCUCUAUUGCACGAUCAUUGGCAUGCAUAAUUUGUUCCCCCAUUGAGUUAGCAAGGACACGUAUGCAGGCCUUUAAAGAAUCAAAUGUUGGAGGGAAACCCCCUGGAAUGUGGAAGACUUUGCUUGGUGUGCUUUCAUCGAGACAGAACAUCAGUAGCCCUGAAAACUUUCGGGGAUACCACCUCCUAUGGACUGGUCUGGGAGCACAAGUCGCACGUGAUGUCCCGUUCUCGGCUAUAUGCUGGACCGUUCUUGAACCAACUAGAAGACACUUGACAGGAUUAGUUGGUGACAAAAGCAACGCAGCAAUUUUAUUGGGGACAAACUUUACUGCAGGCUUCAUUGCUGGGGUUAUCUCUGCCGGUGCUACCUGCCCUCUUGAUGUUGCCAAAACACGCAGACAAAUAGAGAAGGAUCCUGAAAGGGUAUUAAGCAUGAACACACGGCGCAUAUUGCUUGAGGUUUGGAGGAAGGAAGGUAUCAACGGUCUGUUCAGAGGCGCAGGCCCCCGAAUGGGACGUGCGGGUCCUUCAGUUGGCAUUGUUGUCUCCUCUUAUGAAGUUGUCAAGCACAUCAUGCACAGAAAACAUGCAGAGUUAUGACUGUUAAGCUCCUCUUACGUAGUUUUCGACUCCAACAGAGCCUUCCGCAAACACUUUUUUUUUCUCCGUUACCUACACGAAUGAGAUUUCACGUUGUCAAAAUCGAGCUUGUCAUUGCCUGCCUUGUCGGGAAGUUGAGGUUGGAAUAAAGGGGCAGAAUGCCUAAAAUGUUGUCAUUUCUGGCUACCAGAAGACCAGGAGUUAUUCAUCGGUGUUUUCUGUAAUGCUCUUCCAUGCAACUAGUUAGAUGGAAAAUUGAAAUAAACCAAACUGUUGUUUUUUUUUCUUCU